UUUAUAACUAAAUAAAAUAGAACUGAAAAAAGUGUUAGAAAUCUAGAAAAAUAUACAAAAAUAUAUAAUAUAUAUAAAAACAAAGAAAAAAAAAAACAAACAAUAAGAAAAAAAGGUCACGAAAACAAAACUGCAGCACACACACACACUUAUACAUAUACCCAAGGGAAAGUUACCAUAAUACGAAUGCAAGUGAAAACAGAAGUACAAGAAAAAUUGCGACACAAACAAACAAAGAAGACUCCAUGAAUCCAACAAGAAAAAAUAUACUAGUAGAAGAAAAAUUAAAAAAUUAGACAAAAAUCAAAAUAAAUAAAGUAUGGAUUAUGUGUAUUGUGGUGCCGAUAGUAUAGGGCCACCAGCAGAUGACAUGUUGAAUGUUUAUGAUGGUGGUGGCCAACGUAGCAAUAAUCACUAUUCGCCCAAUUUUCCCGGCUUUAAUUUGGGUUCGGGGGAUGCCGACUACAUGGAACUGGUGCCCAUUUUGGCCGAUGGUGGUGAGAAUUAUGGUGUUUCAGCGGUGGCUUUUGACGACUAUGAAGAAUUACUUUGGAUGGGCAAUCAAGGGGGUCAUGUAACCUCGUACUUUAGCAGCAAUCUACAAAAGUACACAUCCUUCCAGGUUCAUCCAUCCGAUAUAGUACGUCAAAUUUCUACUAUAGACUCGGGUAUAUUGGCUUUAACUCAAACAUCGUUAAGGCAUCAAAUACGUCGCGGAAUUCCAAAAUUUACCCAUAAAUCGAAGAAUAUGACGGAAAUGGUCUGCAUGCAACAGUUGUCACCGCAACGUUUGAUUAUGGCUGGUUUACAAGAUGAAAUGAUAGAUUUUGAUUUGAGAUCAUUAAAGGAAACUAAUUUGGAACAUGUUGGCUCGACAGGUUGCACGGUCUUAAGACAGAAUUCACGUUUUCUUUUCGCUGGCGAUCCUUAUGGCACCAUUACAUUGCGCGACCUAAAUUCUCUUCAUGUCGAACACACCAUCAAGACACACACCGGCAGUUUGUCGGAUUUCGAUGUUCAGGGCAAUUAUUUAAUAUCCUGUGGUUAUAGUGGUCGUCAAGGUACUCUGGCCGUUGAUCGUUUUCUAAUGGUCUAUGAUUUGCGUAUGUUGCGUCUAGUAUCACCCAUACAAGUGCUCCUCGAUCCACAACUCUUAAAGUUUUUACCCUCACAAGCAUCACGUUUGGCCGUUGUUUCCAGUUAUGGUCAGGUGCAAUUGGUCGAUACGGUGGAAUUGAGUGAACCGCGUGUCUCUAUGUAUCAGAUAAAUACGACCGGUAAUCAGUGUUUGUUAAGUUUUGAUGUCAGUUCUUCGUCUCAAGUUAUGGCGUUUGGUGAUCAGUCGGGUCAUAUAAGUAUCAUAGCAGCGGUUAAUUCACCUCAACCACAAUUCAAUAACUUUUCACGUGACACCGAAUUUGCCGAUCCAGUGCCCCAGUUGCCUAUUGUACCCAUUACAGACACCACAUUCCCAUUAUCGUCUAUAGUGUUGCCACAUUUGGUAACUGGAUCACGUUGGUUUUCCGACUGGCCCACAGAAUUGUUGCGCUAUCAAUAUCGCCGCCCAAAACCCAUUGAACAGGAAGUUUUGAAUAACAUGAAAAUGCAAGGACCCAUUGGAUAUUCACCCAAUCCACGUACCUUAAGACGUAAUCAAAUACCGUAUAUUUUGGAAAAUGGUGCCGGCUUGAGUUCAGGCAGUGGUAAUGGUCUUAAUAAUGCGGUCAAAUCAUCUGAAUCCGGAGUGAAAAUUAUACCCAGACGUUAUCGCAAGGUAGAAUUGAAAUACACCAAACUGGGUACUCAAGAUUUUGAUUUCGAGCAGCAUAAUCAGACUUGUUUUGCCGGACUAGAGGCCACCUUGCCUAAUUCCUAUUGCAAUGCCAUGUUGCAGAUUUUAUAUUUCAUAGAACCUUUGCGACAGAAACUAUUAAAUCAUAGUUGUGCCAAAGAGUUUUGUUUAUCGUGUGAAUUGGGUUUUCUUUUCUAUAUGUUGGAUAAAAGUAGUGCUUCUACACCUUGCCAGGCCAGCAAUUUCUUAAGAUCUUUUCGUACUGUUCCCGAGGCUUCCGCCUUGGGUCUUAUUUUAUCCGAUAGAUCAUCAAAUAUUAAUUUAAUUAGUUUAAUACAGAAUUGGAAUCGUUUCAUUUUGCAUCAAAUGCAUUAUGAAAAUUUGGAUUCUCAUAAGAAUAGCCAUGUUUGUGGUGUACAAUUUGUGGGCCAUAGUUAUGGCAAACAACAAUAUGUUACAUAUUCGGAGGAAGCAAAUUCUGAUUCAAAUAAAACCGGUGCUGAUAUAUAUCAGGCAAUUGAUGUUAAACAAGAUGAAAACAAUCGUGAAGAUGAACGUGAACGUAGUAAAAUUAAUGAAGAAACCGAAAUCAGCCGUCUCUUUGGUACCAAACAAAUCAGCAUCAAUCGUUGCCUCAAAUGUAAUGAGGAGAAAUCAAAGCACAGCAUACUCUUAACCUGUAAUCUAACGUAUCCCGCUACCACAACAAAAGAAACACCAGAAUUUAUGAAUUUCGGUACAAUUCUAAAGGGAUCAUUAGGCUGUGAGAAGAGUAUACAAGCGUUCUGUGAAAACUGUAAAAAGUUUUCACCCACAAAACAGACAGUUAAAGUCACUGGUCUUCCUCAAUUGCUAACCAUUAAUUGUGGUUUAAAUAAUGAAAAAGAUUUAAAUUUUUUGCGCAAACAAUUGAAUCGCAAUAAUCAUUCGAUGUCUGAAAGUCCAGCUACUUUAAAUACUAAUAAACCUUGUCGUUAUGGUGUAAAUUGUUCUCGUAGUGAUUGUCAUUUUGUUCAUCCCGAUCGUAAGUCACCAUCUGUUUCGACAACGGUUAAUCAAACGACAAAUAUUUCACCAAGUGGUAGACAAAAUUCUUGGUUUCCUCUUAGUUUUUCAAUGGCAAUCGAUGAACAAGGUGAAUUGAGUGUUCAAACCGAUAAUAGUAAUACCAAGUUGGAUAAUAGUAAGAUUGGAGAUGGCUCCACUGGAGCUACUAACGUGGAACAGGCCUCCAGUGUUAAGCCACAAAAUAUCAAUGAAUCAUUUCGUGAAUAUGCUUUACAUGCUGUGGUUUGUCAAAUCGAUGAUGGCAGUCAAAAGAAUUUGGUUUCUUUGAUUAAUGUCAGCAAAAAAUAUCAUACCAUGAAAACAGGCAGUGGUAGCUAUGGUGAAGAUCAGCAACAGUGGUAUAUUUUCAAUGAUUUCAGCAUUUCACCAGUAUCAAAUCAGGAGUCCGUUUGGUUUACCUUAGAUUGGAAAGUGCCUUGUGUGUUAUUUUACAGUAGUAUAAAUUCCGAAAAAUGUCAAUAUGAGGGCGUAGGUUCAGAAGAUUUAGAAAUACCCCACAAUGAGCCACAGCCCCUUUUUAAUCCAUUUAUAAAAGAUAUUGUUAAUCCUGUACACCCGCUUAAUCCUGGUGAUACAUUAUUUAAACCAUUGCAAGCGAAUGAAAUGCCGCAGGCUGGUGAUUUGGUUGCUAUGGAUGCUGAAUUUGUCACCUUAAAUCCCGAAGAGAAUGAAAUACGUCCGGAUGGCAAAACAGCAACCAUAAAACCAUGUCACAUGAGCGUUGCGCGUAUUUCAUGUAUACGAGGACAAGGUCCCGAUGAGGGCAUACCCUUUAUGGAUGAUUACAUAUCAACCCAAGAAAAGGUGGUGGAUUAUCUAACACAAUUUUCGGGUAUUAAACCAGGCGAUUUAGAUGCAAAUUUUAGCAGCAAACGUUUGACAGCUCUUAAGAAUUCAUAUCAAAAACUUAAAUAUUUGGUCGAUGUGGGUGUUUUAUUUGUGGGUCAUGGUUUGAAAAAUGAUUUUCGAGUCAUCAAUAUCUAUGUACCUUCGGAGCAAAUUAUUGACACUGUUCAUCUUUUCCAUUUACCCCAUCAUCGUAUGGUAUCUUUAAGAUUCUUAGCCUGGCAUUUCCUAGGCACUAAAAUCCAAUCUGAGACACAUGAUUCUGUAGAAGAUGCACGCACUACCCUACAGCUAUACAAACACUAUUUGCAAUUACAAGCUGAAAAGAAAUUCACUGCCGCCUUGAAAAAUCUAUAUGAUCGUGGCAAACAAUUGCAAUGGAAAGUACCCGAGGAUUGAGAAAUAACAGCAACAACAACAACAACAAAAUUAAGCAGCAUUUAAACUAAAUUACAAAUCAUUUGAUGAAAAUAAAAAAUACCGUCGUUUUUACAAAAAAAAAAA